AUGGCGCAUCCAACAACCCUACCGACGAGUCAGUCAGACACUCAGGAACAAGAAACUACUUGUUGCACAUUACGACCGAAUCAUCUUCUCAUCACUAUAGGUUUGAUCCAUAUUGGUGUCAUUUUGAUUGUCCUUCUUCUCAUCAUGGUUCAAUAUGCACAUUUCAAUCACAUGAAUCAAAUUCACAAAGAAUUUCCAACAAGAGAAAAUAAUUUAAAUCAUGAUCAUCAUUCUCAACAAGAACCAUUCUCAACAACACUAAAUCAUCGUCCUAACACACAAUUGAAUCAACAAUUCUUCUCUCAAAAUAAUUUAACCAAAUCUCCAAAUCGUUCAUCACCUCUCGACAACAAAGAAAAUCGUUCAUUCAUUCAACAAGUUGUGAAAAAUCUUUCUUUUCAAAAAUACAGUGGAGUCUUUUGUCGUCAUCAUUUUGGAUUUUUCUUUGGUGACAAAUAUCGAAGUUGUAUGAUUUAUAAUUUGUGUUAUUGGAAAGGAAAAUAUUUAUAUUUUCAUGAUCAGAAUGUGAAUUAUCCACUUCUUUAUGAUGGACGAGGAUUUAAUUCACAAAACAUGUCACAAGGAGAUUUAUUCAUGAUGGGAGGAUUAGAAGGAAGAGUCAACACAGAGGAUCCCAAACGUGAGAAAUUAUUUGUAACCAUUGUCAGAAAUGGAACAAUUUCAGAUUUCACACAAGAACACAAAAUUUCACAUGUGAAAUGGAUGGAUAAGAAAUCUAUUCUCAUGAAGAGACAUCGAUGUACCAAUGCUGGUCAUUGUCUCUUGGAAACUAUAUUUCCUGCAUUUACUUUAUUGAAAAUUUUCUAUAAUGAUAUACCUUUGAAACAACCAAAACGUUUUCGAGAUAAUUAUUUAGUUUUUGCUGAAGAAGAAGAUGAAGAAUGUGAUUGUCGCAAUGAUGUAUUGACAUGUGGCACUGAUUCUGCUGAUGAUGAUGUGAAGCAAAAAAUCUGUCAGAAAAUCGUUCGAAUGUAUGGACAUUUUAUUUCCGAUCAUUCCAAUCAAUUAAUUCGGAAAUUGAGUCAAGAUGAAACUAGUCUGGUCUGUUGGCCAAGCAUUGUGAUGGGAUCUACAGCGUAUGGAUUAUUUAAUGAUUUUGGAUGGAAAAAUCUUGGUGGAACGAUUUCAGAAUUUAGAGAUUUUGUGUAUCAACGAUUUCAUUUGAAAUCUGUACAUCCUAUUGACAAGCUUGCCUCUAGAACGUUGAAAAUUACUCUCUAUAUUAAGAAAGGAUUAAGAGCCUAUCUUCGAAGUAUCAUUGACGUUCCUGGAUUGUUGAAAAAGAUUGAAUCUGAUUUCACACAAUUCACUCACAAUGAAACAGGUCUCGUUUUCAAUAUUCAAGUCAGGGCCAUUAGUUUUGAUGACAUGUUGGAUGAUGAUCCCAUCCGCAGUGGAGAGCAACAAGUUCGUUCCAUGUAUGACACCGAUGUCUAUGUGUGUGGAUUUGGAUCACCCUCUUUCAUGUCAAUUUUUCUCGAGAAGGGAGCUGUGUUAUUGGCCUUUCCGAAUGGCUACGAAUGGAACUUACUUUCGAAUCGAGUCGGAGAACAUGAUUUAUUUCAUGCGUAUAUGCAUUAUCAGAAUUUAAUCUAUCCGUUAGAAAAUGGAGAACUUCAAUAUGAGAAAGGUGUCACUACAGGUAAUUACUUGUGGCGAUGGGACAAGAUGAAAGAAUCCUUAAUCACAGCAUGUCAUAUGAGAGUGAAAUAUUUAUUAUCGACAGCAGCAGCCACCAUGACUUAA